AUGGAUAGCCAAGACUUUAAGAGGCACUUAAGGGAAUAUGCAAUGAAGGAAAAGUUCCAGUACAGGUUGAAGCCUAAUGAUAAGGAAAGGAUUAAAGUAAAUUGUUUAACAAGAAAUAGGACAACAAAUGUAGAAUUUGUAGCUCAGUUUUUGUAUGAUAAGUUGAAGAAUGGAGACCCAAUGCCAAAUCCUUUCAGUUUACAAGACCAAUUGCACACUACUCAUAAUACCAGUGUUCCAUAUCAUGUGGCUUGGAGAUCUAGAACAAAGAUACUAGAAAGAGUAAAUGGCAGUUAUGAAGAGUCUUACAGACUGGUUCCAACAUUUUGUGAUAUGGUAGAUAAAACCAACCCUGGGUCUAUGACAAACUAUACAUAUAGAAGUGUUGAUGGCUGCUCUGAGUCUAUGAAAAUUGCCUUUGCAGCACCACUGAAAGCAUUUCAUGCUGGUUGUAGAAAUGUGGUUGGGCUUGAUGCUUGUCACUUGACUGGAAAGCAUGGUGGGUGUCUGAUGGCUGCAACUGCUUUGGAUGCAGAGAAUAGGGUACUGCCAUUGGCUAUAAUGGUUACUAUAAAUGAAGUUGGAAAGCUUACUUUCAUCUCAGACAUACAGAAAGGGUUGUUAGAAAGCAUUUCUGAAUUAUUUCCAGAUCAUAACCAAAAAUACUGUUUCAGACAUAUGUAUGCAAAUUUCAAGAAAUACCACAAAGGUACAAAGCUACAUGAACUAGUAUGCAAUGUUGCACUAUGUUACAAGGAAAGACAUUGGAAAGUCAACAUGGAUGAGCUUGCAAAGUUGUCUACAGCAGGAACAACAUACAUGAUGAGGGAACUUCCAAAACAGUGGUCUGGGGCAUUCUAUGACCAAUCCACAAGCUCUGAGCACACCAACAUCAACUUCUGUGAGUCCUUCAACAACAUGAUUGGCCAAUGA